GCAACCUCCUGAAUGGGCGUAUAUACCCGACGAUGGACCGUGUUGAUUGGCUGGAGAUUGCAGUAGUAACCGCCCUUCGAUCCGCAUCACCUUCCACCGAUUGGAGAGUACAUAUGUCAUACAAGUGGGAUAAAGGAAGAGGUUGCAAACUAGCAAGAUGAAGCACUACGAGGUGGAGAUACUGGACGCCAAGACCAAGGGGAAGCUCUGCUUCCUGGACAAGGUUGAGCCAAAUGCCACCAUCGGGGAGAUUAAGUCCAUGUUCCACAAGAGCCAUCCAAAGUGGUACCCCACCAGGCAGUCCAUCCGUCUCGACGCCAAGGGGAAAUCUCUGAAGGAUGAGGAUGUUCUUCAGCAUCUCCCUGUGGGAACGACUGCAACCCUCUACUUCAGGGAUCUCGGAGCUCAGAUCAGCUGGGUCACAGUGUUCCUCACGGAGUACGCCGGCCCGCUGCUCCUCUAUCUGAUGUUUUAUUUCCGGGUUCCCUUCAUCUAUGCACCCAAAUAUGACUUCACCACCAGUAAACACUGGGUCGUACACCUUGCCUGCAUGUGUCACUCGUUCCACUACAUGAAGAGGCUGCUGGAGACGCUGUUCGUCCACCGCUUCUCUCACGGCACCAUGCCACUGCGCAACAUCUUUAAGAACUGCACCUACUACUGGGGCUUCGCUGCCUGGAUGGCGUAUUAUAUAAACCACCCUCUGUACACACCACCCAUAUACGGCGAGCAGCAAAUCCGACUAGCCCUCGUCAUGUUCCUGUUCUGUCAGAUCGGUAAUUUCUCCAUCCACAUCGCUCUCCGGAACCUCCGCCCCCCAGGCUCCAAAACCAGGAAGAUUCCUUACCCGACGAAGAACCCCUUCACAUGGAUCUUCCUCCUCGUAUCCUGCCCCAACUACACCUAUGAGCUUGGCUCAUGGCUGGGCUUCACGUUGAUGACACAGUGUCUGCCGGUGGCCUUCUUCACCGUGGUUGGCUUCUUCCAGAUGACUGUGUGGGCCAAAGGGAAGCACCGCAGCUACCUUAAAGAGUUCCGCGACUACCCACCUCUCCGCUCUCCCAUCCUGCCUUUCGUUCUGUAGAGCAUUACAGAGCUCUAGCAGUACAUUACAUUACCCCCCCCCCCCCCCCCCCCCCCCCCCAACCAAACCAUCUCCUCCCCCUUUUUAUAAAAGCAAAGAACAUGUUUCCAUAAAAUUCCCUUUCCUUUUGGGAAUUCUGUUACCUUUUCCUUUCCAGCUAAACAAAGUAACAUCCAUUCUUAUUCAUAUUUCUAAUCUUUCCUUUUUGACUGUUUUUUGACACCCAAUUGAAUCAGGUUGGUUAACUGGGGUCAACAGAUACCAACACAUUAUUUGGAAUCUUAUUAAAAAAUUGACAGAAAUUUUGUAAAACCGUUAGUUUGAAUUAAUUGUAACUGGAUUUUCAUUUAGCUUAAUAUGUAAUAUUAUAGAACCUUAAAUUCAUCCUGUUUUAGCAUUGAUAUAUUUAAGAUAUCAGCUUCAUGCUUGUAAUUUGGUUUUGUUUGUCAAGGUUUAAUUUAUUAAAAAAUCUUUAACAAAAUGUUGCCCAUCUUUGUCGAACUUCAAGACAAUUUAACUACCAAUUAAAAACCAAUUCUAUUCGAUUCUUCAAAUCCGGUGCAGAUAUUGAACAUACAAGCCAGUUUUGGCAUGUCGUGUUCUGAUUGCACAUACUUGAUUGUCCAGCUAUCUUUGAUUAAGAAACCAACUAACAGCUACUCAAGUUUCCUUCAUGUUCAUAUCAAUUUAUUGAAUUCAGUUAUACGGCUAAAAAACGGAUUUGCUUGCAUAUAUUGGGUAUAUGAUAUACUGAAUGGUUAUGCUAUUGUGACCAUUUGUCAUUAAAGUAGUUAUUAGUUAACCUUUUGUAAUUCAAGUACGGCCUACUAUAGUGGACGUCAAUGAAGAUGAACUGAGACUUGGUUCAGCUCAAAUAUGGCUGUUUAUUGUGGUCAGAAGCAGGUAUAUACACAGAAAAUCAAGGGUAAGUUGUGAUUCUAAUCACGCAGCCUCAGCUUGGCCCUCGAUCCUCUUCUUCCUCAGCUGGAGUCUCCGCUCUCUCUCGUACUCCUUCAUACGCAUGACAUAGCUGUGGAAGAGGGGAAUCAAUGUGGGCAGACAAGUGUUGGAUUACUCCAGGCUAGGCCACAGUUAAGACACUGUAUGGAAGUAUUGGUUACAUUUCUGAUUAUUUUUCACGUCAUGCAUGUCACCAUGAGUAAGGUGAUCUCUGGCUAGUGUGGAAACAUCCACUAUACAAUACUCAAUUAGAAGUUUAAAUAUUGACCAACAAAUAUGAACUUGGAGUGGGUCGCAGUUGUGUAUUUUGGCUACACUUUGAAUUAGUUAAAGAUCAUAGGGCGAGGAUUCACGCCAUUAAUAUUUUAUUUUAUUCAUAGAAAUAACUGACACGGUUGGUUUACAGAAUUGCUUUUUCAUGUUAACCGAUAUAUUCUUGGUUUUGUUAACAACUCACAUUACAAACCACAUUUACAAGUGUCUUCAGAUAAAUCCUUGAAUAUUUCCCAUCCUUAUAUUCAUAUGCAUCCCGUUUGAUAUUUUAGAAUGCAAUAAGUAUAAUACAAAAUAUUUACUGUAUUAAAAAUAUCAUGGCGUGCCACUAGAACAUGUGUCAC